AUGAAGCUGCUCAGUACCGUCGCAGGCCUUUCCAGCGUCGCUGGCGCCGCCGCCGCCGCCGCCGCCGCCACGCAGAGCCCACUAUCCAUCUUUGACAAUUCUGUCGAGUCGCGCAGGAUCCCGUCAAGCUAUGAGUCGGCUGUCAUGGGCCGACGCAUCUUGGCCUUGACCAAGCUCGGAACACUGUCGACAGUCUUUCCGCAGACGUCGGCGCAUGAGCAGCGCCCCGGCGGCAUGCAAGGCCAGCCCGUCGGCCUGAUGGACUACGUUGCCGACUGCGAGGACGAGGGCAACCCGACCAUCCUGGCGCUCAGGAUUGGCACCACGUUCAUGAACGUCGCCGCAGGCUCCAACAUCACCCUGUCCAUGCGGUGGACACCUCCGUACCCGCCAGCCAAGCGCAUGUCCUUGCUGUCUCGCCUAGCGGCGUACGUGCCUUUUCUCUCGCGGCACUGCCCCUACGAUUCCGAGCGGACGCACUCGGAUCUUCCCGACACGGUGCCCUACUCGGCGGCCAACCUGCCGCGAUUCUCCCUCUUUGGCUACCUGGAAAAGAUUGAAGCAGAUGACGACAAGGCCAAGGACCUGGCUGUUUGCUACACGGCCAAGCACAGGGAUGCCAGAUAUUGGCUCCCGGGAAACCACAUCCACCAGAGCGAGUGGGCGAGAUUGGUGGUGACGCAUGUGUACUGGAUCGGGGGAUUCGGCGACAGGGCGUACAUUGGCUGGAUUCCGGUAGAGGAAUGGAAACACGUUACCAAGGAAGACUGGGAAGCCAUCGAGCUCCCCGGUGAGAAGAAAGACUGGGAUGAGUGGCACCUCGGCCAGUCGGAAGAGCUCUGA